AGUGAUACAUACAGUCGAUCCUGCAAUUCUGCGACUUCGCUUUUGUUGGAGAUUGUGAAAGAGGAGAAUGUAUAUCUCAUUAGUCAGUGUGGUAUUCAUGCCCUUGUUGCUCAUGGUAACCUAUUUAGGAUGUAUGUCAAGAGGUGAUAUUACAGAGGAACUUCCACUCUAUAGGGAAAAGGUAAAGGCAAUGUUUCAGUUUGCCUAUGAUAGUUACUUGGAGCAUGCCUUUCCAUACGAUGAGCUUCAACCCUUGACCUGUGACGGCACAGAUACAUGGGGCAGCUAUUCAUUGACUCUUGUUGAUGCCUUGGAUACACUGGUCAUCCUAGGUAACCAUACUGAGUUUCAGAGAGUUGCCAAUUUACUCGUCGAUCAUCUGUCAUUCGAAGAUGACCUCAACGUUUCUGUUUUUGAGACCAAUAUAAGAGUGGUAGGUGGUCUGCUAUCCUCCCAUCUUCUAUCUCAUAGAGCUGGCAUGGAUGUGCCAUCUGGUUGGCCGUGUCAAGGUCCACUCUUAGACAUGGCUGAGACAGUAGCAAGGAAACUACUUCCAGCUUUUGACACCCCCACUGGCAUGCCAUACGGCACCGUGAAUCUUCUUCAUGGGGUUCCCAAGGGAGAGACAGCGGUGUCCUGUACCGCUGGUAUUGGUACCUUCAUAGUAGAGUUCGGUACCCUGAGCCGACUCACCGGUGACCCUGUCUUUGAGGAGAAGGCUCUCAGGGCUUUGGAUUCACUUUGGGGCUUCAAGUCAGAAGUGGGAAUGGUUGGGAAUCAUGUCAAUAUCCAGACCGGGAAAUGGACCGCUCUAGAUUCAGGAAUAGGUGCAGGAGUUGACUCUUACCUUGAGUACUUAGUGAAAGGGAGCCUCCUCCUGGGAAACCAACAACUCAUGGAUAUGUUUAAAGAAUAUGAGAAAGUGAUCUACCAGUACUCCAAGAAAGACGAUUGGUAUAUGUGGGUCAACAUGAUGAAAGGUCAGGUCACCAUGCCAGUCUUUCAGUCUCUAGAUGCGUAUUGGCCAGGUUUACAGAGUCUGAUAGGGAAGAUAGACAGCGGCAUGAAAACACUACACAAUAAUCAUCAGGUGUGGCGGCAGCUGGGAUUCCUACCAGAGUUUUACAAUAUAGUCAACAGUAAGGCAGUUGAUAAGCGAGAGGGCUAUCCACUCAGGCCAGAGUUUGUAGAGAGUGUGAUGUAUUUAUACCAAGCUACAAAAGAUCCUUUCCUACUUCAGAUGGGCCGAGAUGUGUUAACUUCCAUCGAAACUACCAAGACAGAGUGUGGCUAUACCAGUGUAAAAGAUGUCAGGACCCAUAGGUUGGACAACCGCAUGGAGUCUUUCUUUCUGGCUGAAACCCUCAAGUAUCUCUACCUUCUCUUUGACCCGGACAAUUUCAUCCACCAAGACGGAGGCCACGCCAAAAUUGUGGACACGCCCCACGGUAAAUGUUUCCUCGGCACUGGAGGGUAUAUCUUCAACACUGAGGCACACCCUAUAGACAUUGGGGCCCUAUCGUGCUGCGGCAGUGCAACCGAUGAGUACUCCAGGAUAGAGCACGCUUUGAGGACGUUAAACCGAAGGAAAGAUCGGUUGAAGUGGAUUCAGAAUUAUAUCAGGGAGGAUUCAAGCGAGGGCGGCAGACAUUUGAGUCAGAGAGGACUGAACUCGGCCGUCAAUUGCUCAGCCCAGCCAUUCCAUGCCAGGAUGUCAAUAUUGGGAGAGAUGUUUUCUGAUUUAGAAUGACUGCAUUCCAGUGCUGUAUGUUAUGAUGAUGAUAUUGCAAUUAUCAUGACACCAAACUUCAAUGAAUAGAGUCCCCAAGUGUGGCGUCAUCAAAUUUCUUUUGUGCAUUUCAGAGUUUUUGAUAGCCUCAGUAGAGCUUGAUGAAAAACCAAACCAGCUUUGACAUGAAUUGGCCCAUGGUAGGCCCAAGGUAUGACUAUUGAAAUGAAUACCUAAUAAGUUGCAUUGAAACCAGUGUUAAUUGGCUUGGUUCAUAACUGUUUGGAACCAGGCCAAUAUACACUCAUUUCAAUGGGGCUUACUGUGUAUUCAUAUGUCCACAGCUUGGGUCCAUAUGGACCAAUUCCCGCCAAAUGAAUGUUUUACAUCAUGCUCAGUCGAAAAAUGGUACAAAAAACUGAUGAAAUGCAAAAAGAAUGUUUGUGAUGUCAUUGCUUCAGUACACAUAUAGAUAUUGCAUCCACGAUAUAUCGCCUCUCAGGCUUUCUGGAUAUAAAAUGUCAAAGUAAUCCAUGUAGGCCUAUACAUGUAUUACACAUGUAUGUUAAUUAGUGAAUUAUGCUAAUUACGACAAAACACUGCUUCUUGAAAAAUAAGACCAUUGCCUAAAUGUAUUCCUCACCAUACUAGAAUAGCUAUAUUUAUUCAUGUUUUUGGUUUUCUGGAUAUAUAAUGAUAAAGAAAUACAUAUAUUGCAGAUGUAUGCAGGGGCCGCGAAACGGUUUUCAAAGUGGGGGGGGGGGGGGGCUGACCAUGCUAAAAAUCACAAUCAUAUGGUCAUUUUUACGUUUUUGUACACGGUUUUGGAAAAAAGUGGGGGGGCUGAAGCCCCCCCAGCCCCCCCGGUUCCGCGGCCCCUGGUAUGUUAAUUAGAGAAUUAUACUAAUUAUGCUAGUUAUGACAAUUAUACUACAUAAAAGGGAAAAUCAUAGUCAUUAAUUAAUUCAUCGUUAUAGAAAA